AUGAAAAUCAAAGCUCUUUCUCGCUCGACGGCGUCGCAGCAGGCCCCGGGGACUUCGGUCGUCCGCCAGCAGCGGAAUCUUGACCCGUCUCAGCAUCCUUUCGAGCGGGCUCGUGAAUAUACUCGAGCUCUGAAUGCGAUCAAGAUGGAGCGCAUGUUCGCUGCUCCCUUCAUCGGCCAAAUGGGUGACGGUCAUAUCGACGGUGUCUACAGUAUGGCGAAAGACCCUGGCUCUCUCGAGCGCUUUGCGAGUGGCAGUGGUGACGGCGUGGCGAAGGUUUGGGAUUUGACAACCCGCGAGGAGAUCUGGCAUACACAGGCGCAUGAGAACAUGAUCAAGGGAGUGUGCUGGACACCCGAGCGAAAGCUGCUGUCUUGCGCAAGUGACAAGACUGUCAAAUUGUGGGACCCAUACAACACUACUCCCUCGGCGCCACCGAUGGCGACUUAUCUAGGCUCAAGUGCCUUCACGGGUGUGACACACCACGCCACAUCUCCCUCGUUCGCUGCCUCCUCUUCGGUCAUUUCUAUCUAUGACCUCUCGCGACCUUCUUCCUCUCCCUCGCAGACUCUGCACUGGCCGACCAGUGUUGAUACCAUUACUUCCGUUGCCUUCAACCAGACCGAGACUUCCAUUCUUGGCUCUACCGCCAUUGAUCGCUCGGUCAUUCUUUACGACCUGCGCACCUCUUCCCCGGUGCACAAGAUGACCUUGAAACUGGCAUCUAACGCUCUUGCUUGGAACCCCAUGGAAGCUUUCAACUUCGCCGUGGCCAAUGAGGACCACAACGCCUACAUCUUUGAUAUGAGAAAGACGGACCGUGCCUUGAACAUCCUCAAGGAUCACGUUGCGGCCGUGAUGGACAUCGACUUUAGUCCUACCGGGCAGGAACUUGUCACCGCAUCCUACGACCGCACAAUUCGUCUUUGGGACCGAGCCCGCGGUCAUUCUCGCGACAUUUACCACACCCAGCGCAUGCAGCGUGUCUUCUCUGCCAAGUUCACUCCCGAUAACAAGUACGUUCUGUCCGGCUCCGACGACGGUAACGUCCGUCUGUGGCGUGCCAAGGCUUCGGACCGAAGCGGAAUCAAGAGUGCUCGCCAGCGCACCAAGCUGGAGUACGACCAGGCCCUCAUCAAGCGUUACUCGCACAUGCCCGAGAUCCGUCGCAUCAAGCGCCAGCGUCACCUGCCCAAGCCUAUUAAGAAGGCUGGUGAGAUUAAGCGUGAGGAGCUUGGUGCCAUCAAGAGGCGCGAGGAGAACGUGCGCAAGCACACCAAGAAGGAUAACUUGAAGUCGAGACAGAACGAGCGCGAGAAGAUGAUUCUGUCUCGCGAGCAAUAA